ACCGAUUGUGUUGUGCCGCAAUUUGAAAUCUGAACCAAGCACAUCGUACUACCACUCGACAAAGACCGUCAAGAACGCAACUUAGGAAUCUCCCUGCCAAUUGUUUGGAAUAGAAGAGCAUAGACAAACAAAACGAAAAGAAAACAAAAAUAAAAAAGGGUCCUUACUUUUCGGAAAGGCCUGGAAUACGCACACACAUACACCAAUAAGUCUCCGGAUUGCACAAAAAUACUACCAUGAAUCGAGGAGGAAUGCAACCCGGGAUCAUUAUCCUUCGGGAGGGUACGGAUACUUCGCAGGUGCGUCUUGGCUGUCGGGACAGAAAUCUCGAUGGUCGUCUUUGUAUUCUUUCGAAUCUUUCUUUCGCUGCCUCCAAUGCUUAACGCCUCAUGUUCGUCUUUCGCAACGUUACAACAACAACAACAACAACUUGACUCACUUCAAUGCAAUGUGCAUCGCCAAAACCGAAUGUUUUUCUUCUGUUGUACUGUGUUUCGUUUCGUUCCAUCCCGUCCCGUUCCUUUCGAUCCGAUUUCAAACACGCAGGGCCUGCCCCAACUCGUCAGCAACAUCAACGCCUGCCAGGCGGUGGCGGACGCGGUCCGAACCACGCUGGGGCCCCGCGGCAUGGACAAGCUGGUCGCCGCGGGAUCCAAGGCCACCAUCAGCAACGACGGGGCCACGAUCAUGAAGCUCCUGGAAAUCUCCCACCCCGCCGCACGAACCCUGGUGGACAUCUCCAUGAGCCAGGACGCCUCGGUCGGGGACGGAACCACCUCGGUGGUCCUGCUGGCGGCCGAGAUCCUCACCAAGCUCAAGGCCCUCGUCGAGGAGGGGAUCUCCCCGACGCGCAUGAUCCAGACCAUCCGCAAGACGGGGAGGUUUGCCGUGGAACAGGUCGGGGCGCUCGCCGUGGAGACGGACCGGGAGGAAAUGCUCCUCAAGUGCGCCGGAACGGCGCUCAACAGCAAGCUCAUUUCCUCCCACCGCGACCUCUUUGCGCCCAUGGUCGUUUCGGCGGUGACCAAGCUCCACGAGGCCGGGAACGUCGACGAAAUCAUGGACUGGGUCUCCAUCAAGCAGAUCCCCGGGGGAGACGUCCGCCAGUCCUUUUUGGUAGAGGGCGUGGCCUUUAAGAAAACCUUUUCCUAUGCCGGGUUCGAGCAGAUGACCAAGAAGUUCGAGAACCCCAAAAUACUCCUCCUCAACGUCGAGCUCGAACUCAAGUCGGAAAAGGAAAACGCCGAGGUUCGGAUUUCUAGUCCGAAGGACUACCAAUCCAUCGUAGAAGCGGAGUGGCAGGUCAUCUACGACAAGCUCGAUGCCUGCAUCGACUGCGGUGCCAACAUUGUGCUGUCGAAGCUGCCGAUCGGAGAUUUGGCGACCCAGUACUUUGCCGACCGCGGCCUGUUUUGUGCGGGCCGCGUCGCCGACGGCGAUAUGAAGCGGGUCGCCAAGGCCACCAACGGAUCCAUCCAGACGACCACCAACGGACUGACCGAGUCGGUCCUCGGAACCUGCGGGUGCUUCGAGGAGACACAGGUCGGCGACGAGCGAUUCAAUUUGUUCACGGAAUGCCCGUCGUCCCUGACGUGCACCAUUGUUCUGAGGGGAGGCACCGAGCAGUUCAUCGCCGAGAGCGAGCGCAGCGUCCACGACGCCCUCAUGGUCGUCAAGCGAACCAUCACCUCGGGGUCCGUGGUCGCCGGUGGAGGCGCCGUAGAGAUGUGCGUCGCCAAUUCCCUGAGACGCCGGGCCCUGGAAAUCGAGGGAAAGGAGCAAAUGAUCGUGGCGGCCUAUGCCAAGGCCCUGGAGGUCAUCCCGAGGCAGCUGUGCGAGAACGCGGGCCUGGACGCCACGGACGUCCUCGCGGCCCUGCGCCGCAAGCACUUUGUGGAGGAGGGGGACGAGAACGCCUGUUGGUACGGUGUCAACAUCGAGGAGGGCGGCAUCACCAACACCUUUGACCUGGGCGUCUGGGAACCCAGCGACAACAAGAUGAAUUCCUUCCAGGCGGCGACGGAAGCGGCCUGCGUGAUUCUUUCCAUCGACGAAACCGUCAUCAGCCCGAGGUCACAAGACCCCGCGGCCCAGGCAACGGGGCAGAUGGGCGGUGGCGCCGGUGCCAUGAUGGGCAACGCCAUGGACAUUGCCAACAGCGGAGGUCCGAGGACGGGGCAGAUGGGACCGGGAGUCUCCUACAUGAAAGGAAGAGGAGGAGGUUAGAUCGAUAAAAUAUUUGAAAACCAAACCCCAUGCUUUCUGUCCACACGACAGUCAACACAAGUGAGAUAGCUAGAUAGUACAAUGGUCUGAUAGGUAAUAGUGACCAGCAAAAGUAUUUCGGAUGUUUUCGACUUUUUUAUCUGUAUUAUCCUCCACUGAAACUCAUUCGAAUGAAACCGUCGCUUUGGCGAAUGUUCAUUGCAUGGCUUGCAAGCCAGUCGGCGCGUUUGUUUUCGGCCCGAGAUAUUUUGCGGAUCUGAAAAUAAGAUAGAUCCUUGAUG